ACGUCUUGUUUCAAAGGCUCCUUUUUCCCUUCCUUUUCUUCUCAGUAAACCACACGCCAUCACUCUCUCUUUCUCUCACUCAGUCCUUGAAUAGCCAAGAAUCCCUUUUCCCUUUUGAUCUUCCUCUUCAUCGAGCAUGGCUAACAAGCACACCAUUAUUCUGAUGCAGACUUCUCAGAACAGAGCUACAAGGACAUUUAUGGAUUAUGGUUCCAUCAGUCAAGCUAUGGAUGGUAUUUGCGGACUAUAUGAAAGGAAGCUUAGGGAGUUAAAUCCAGCUAUCAGAGACAUCACUUAUGAUGUUGCAGAUCUUUAUAAUUUCAUUGAUGGCCUUGCAGACAUGAGUGCAUUAGUGUAUGAUCACUCAAUCCAGGCUUUUUUGCCAUACGACAGAGAGUGGAUCAAACAGCGGACCUUUCAACACCUUAAGAAAAUGGCACAUUAAAUUAUCAUAUUAGACAGCUUAAUCUCGGAUUGUUUCCAAAUUUUUCUGUCCGUCGGUAGGGGUAUGAACAAAGUGUAGAAACAGAGUCUUAUUUGGGCUGUUGUGCUCUUGAAUUGAAGUUUGUAUAAUAUUGACAAUUGUAGUAUCUCCCUAAAGAACAAAUGUAGCUAUCCACAGAAGUUACUGGCGAAGUGUAAACUGGUGUUGUUUGAUGGGUGUGUUCAUAAUAAAACAGCCAGCAUCUAUCAAGCUUGGCCUUUCAUAUUCAA